UAGACAUACAUGUAUCUAUGAAAUGAUAUCUUAUAGUAUCGUAAGUAAAGCUUUGCUGGAGUUGUCUGGGGAGGUGGGUGGCAAAUGGCAUAUUUGUUGAAGAACCUUUGAAGGUUAUUGGCUAAAGACACUGUUUUUCGGGCAUGAGUUUACAACAAUCACUUUGGUUUUUGUGAUAUGUGAGAAAGAGUUUAAUUACUGUAUUAUUUUCAAAACAAAUGAUUACUUAAACCUCAUUUUUAUAAUCAUUAAAUUAGUGAACUUCUUUAAAAAUAAUUUAUCAGCAGUAUAUAUAACUACGAAGAAUGUGACGCACCAAUCCAUAUCUCUUCUCUAAGCUCAUGAUCAUCUGCUUGAUCUUAAGCCUAUCCUCUCUUUCACAUAAAGUCGCUUUAUGAUUUUCUUCAUCAGAUUCUUCCAUCAUAUAUAGAAUCAGCUUCUGAACCUAAUUUUUCCAGGUUAUUAUUUACAAAGCCAAAAUCCAAGUUCGUCAUAUCAAAUCUUCUUGAGAUCUUGAAUUCCUUAAAACAUGGAGAAGCUUCUUAAUCCGUCUGAAAAGCAGUACAUGAAAAUGGCUAUGCUUAAACAUGAAGAAACUUUCAAGCAACAGGUCUAUGAACUUCAUAGGUUAUAUCAAGUCCAGAAGAUAUUGAUGAAGAACAUGCAGGUCAACAAGGGCAAUGAUGUAAAUUCAGGACUAGGAUCAUUCAUCAGAAGAGUUGACCGGCCGGCGAACUUUCCCGACGGAGGAGAAGCCGGUGGUAACGAUAUAGAUAUUAUGGACGAGAGUGAGAUCGAGCUAACGCUUGGACCGUCGUGUUACGGUGGUGAUCUGAUGAGAAUGAACAAGAAGAAAAGGAAUAAUUCUUCGCUGGAGAUGAUGGACGGGAAUUUAAAUUCAGGUCGCCGGAGUUUCUCGUCUUCUUCCACAGGCUCAAGCAAUAAUAAUCACAACAAUCUUGAAGAACAAGUGAGACAAGAGAGAUUGAUGAAACAUCAGAAGCAGAAGCAGCCUUGGCUUCAGGCAUUGACUUUGAAUGUUAUUUGAUGAUAAGUAAUAUUCAUGUUAACUAUAUUCUGAAAUAGAUUCGAAUUUCCCUUUUAAUGUUUUUCUCAUGCCUCUUAUCAGGUGAUCUUUUUUUUUUUAAAAUGAUUAUCAGUAAUUUUCUUCUUAAGUAGGUAUUCUUCUUAGGUUUCCUGUAAAUAAAAACAUUAUUAUGAAUG